AUGAAGAUAGCAAAGAGAUCAUUUCUACUGUUCAUAUACACUAUAGUUUGUGUAUUGCCAACAUCCCAAGCUGCUCUUUUCGGGUGUAGUUCAGACAAAAGGAGAUGUUUAAACAGCUGUGACGAGAGACAUCGUACAUCUGUGUUCAGCUUCGCAUCUAGAAGUGCGUGCAAGGCUAGGUGUAUUCUUACUGAGUGUGUAUUGUAUCCCAAUAGUGAAAAAAAAAGUGAGCAUCCUGCAGACAGGCUUAGAGGAUUUAGCAGUUAG